CGGCAUGAGACGUGACGGCGCGAUGGUGAGCGCGGCGGUGGUGGCCAUGGCCGUGCUGUUGCUGUCGUCGGUGGCGAUGUCGGUAUCGGGGCAGGCGGUGGCGACGUCGUGCACGGCGUCGCUGAUCAGCACGUUCACACCGUGCCUCAACUUCGUGACGGGGAGCACCAACGGCGGGGGCUCGCCGACGCAGCAGUGCUGCAGGGCGGUGGCCGGGGUGGUGCGCACCGCCGAGGACUGCGCGUGCCUCAUCCUCACCGGCAACGUGCCCUUCGGCCUCCCCAUCAACCGCACCCUCUCCAUCUCCCUCACCAGGAUCUGCAAAUCGCUCUCCGUCCCCCUCAAGUGCAGAGAUACAGCAGUACAAAUCCCAGCUGCAGGGCCUAUUGCGUUUGCUCCGGCACUUCCCCCUCUGCCACCGUUGCCCCCGGUAUCAUCGGUCGAUCCGCCAGCGACGUCGCCGGCGGCGGAGGUGGACGUGCCCCCGAUCACACAGAGCCAGAGGCCGGUGGUGGUGCCCAGCUCGGCCUGGACGAGCGCCCGUGCGCUCUCGGCGCCUGCAUCCGUUGUGCUGAUUGUCGUUUCAUCCGUUCUUGUUUUGAUCACAUAGGUUGCAAUCGCCAUGCCAUGUGGACUUGUUACCUAGUAGAAUGCCUGCGCUCCAUGCCUCCAAGUCAUCUCUCAGUAUGAUUACACAAUGGCCCCUUUUUGUGUUGAUGGCUUAGGCAGCUUUGAGUUCACCGUGUAAACCAUUUUUCCUAUGUGGAUUAACAUGAUGUGUUCUUGAAUUAUGCCAGUGGAUGGAUCUGUUGAUGCAUCUCACUGAGCAGAUAGAUAUACUAUAUGUUUACUUUUUUCUGUAA